UCAUGUAUUAAUAAUAAUUAAAAGAUGUUUACAUAUAUUUUAAUUUGUAUUGUUGUUAUUGCAAAUUUUCAAUUGUUAAGUGGUGCGAAUGAUACGCCGAUUGUGUUUAAAGAUCAAUGGAAUAAACAAGAUGAAAGUUUUAUUGAUUUUGACGAAAUACAAAAUAUUACUGACUAUUUUCAAACACUUCAAUUUGGAACAUUACCACUAAUUAACUUAACAACAUCAUCCCAAAUUACUCCAAAAUGUCGAUUACAUACUGCUCAAUAUUUACGAAGUAUAAAAAAUUUAGCAUUUUGGGCAGUUCAAAUGUAUGAUUCAUCAGCAAAACUUCCAUCUGGUAUAUUAAACGGAAAUUUAAAUCAAUUUGGAGAUUUUGAUGAAUGUAUUAAUUCCCGUUCCGAUGAUAAUGAAAUUAUUGGACAAUAUUGCUUAGCAAAUUUUCAAAUUGUUGAACCAACAUCCAAAAAUUUAUCAAAAUUUUAUAAUUUAUUAAAUUCACAUUUUGCUUUUCGCAAUACGUUGGAAAAUCCCGGUCACCUGGCACCACGUUUUUCAUCAAUUAAUUGGGCGAUAUGUGUUCCAGCUUCAUGUACGCAUGAAGAUGUUGAAAUUGCUUUCAAAGAGGCAAUCAAACCAUUGGAAGAAAAAUUUGGGAUAUCCUUACAGAUUAAAGUAUUCGAAGAAAUGUGUCAAAAUGCUGAUCAAUCGAUAUCACUAUCUUUAAUAAUUGGAAGUAUACUCUUUGCAACAAUUAUUGUUUUCACCAUAAUUAUAACAGUCGUAGAUUUUUAUUACGAUUUCCCAUCAAAUAAUUUAGAUGGAUUAGAAGGAAUAUUAUUUGCAUUUUCACUUCGACGUACAACGAAGUCGUUAUUUUCACUUAAACGUACCCCAGACGAUAUUCCUAGCGUUCAUGGAUUACGAUUUUUCAAUGCAAUUUUAUUAUUAUGCGCACAUUAUGGAUUAAAUGUGUUAUUUGUACCAUACAUGAAUCGUACAUUUAUGGCUGAAAUGAUUGGACAACCAUGGACUGUUGUAGCACGAACUGCAGCUAUGUAUACGGAUGCAUUUUUAAUGUUUAGUGGUAUGCUAACAAUUUACUCGUAUUGUGGGCAAAUAAAUAGUGGUAAAAAAAUUAACUUUUUCAAAGAGUACAUGUCACGUAUGAUAAGAAUUAUUCCACCUUUAGCAGGUGUUAUAUUAUUUUGUGGAUUCGUUCAGCCAUUGUUAGGAUCCGGUCCAUUAUGGAGUUUGGUUAUUGGAAAUAAUGCAGAAGUUUGUAGAAAUUAUGGAUGGCGUAAUUUAUUAUUUAUUCAAAGUUACUUUGGUUUUGAAAAUAUGUGUGCUGCGCAUACUCACCAUGUUGGAACGGAUACACAAUUAUUUUUUGCAACACCAAUAUUUUUGUGGCUAUUAUGGAAAUGGCAAACAUUUGGAAUUAUUAUUUUAACAAUACUGGCAACAUUAUCAACAAUUUUACGUUAUUAUGUUGCAUAUUCAAGGGGAUUGACAAAUUAUAUUUAUUUUGGAAUGCAUAUUGAAAAAAUGUUCGAUACAGCCGAUUAUAUGUACAUAUUGCCAACGCAUCGGGUAACUGUAUACAUCAUUGGUGUAAUAUUGGGAUUUAUUUUACGAAAUUUAAAACGUGUUGAGUUAACAUCGCUGCAAGUAAAAGUUGGAAAUAUUGUUGCAUUUAUUCUGUUUGGUGUCGCUUUAAUUGCACCAUCAUUUAUAACUAAUAUUUCAUAUGAGUUUCAACCAAUACAUGGGGCAUGGUACGUGGCAUUCACUCCAAUUUUAUGGUGUCUACCAUCUGCUUGGGUUAUUUUUACUCAACAUUUCAAAUAUCCUAAUGGACUAACCAAGUUUCUAUCUUGGCGUGGAUUUAUAAUAUUUACAAGAUUAUCAUAUGCAUUUUACUUAGUUCAAUUCCCAAUGUACUUUCAUAAUGUGGGUACAGUAAGGAAUUCCGCAUAUUUUCACAUAUUUAAAUUAGUGCCGAGUAUUGAAGAUUUUAUUUUGUUGUCUGGGUGUUCAAUAAUUUUAACAUUAUUGUUUGAUACACCAUUUCAAACAAUUCGGAGAAUAUAUUUCAAAAAAUAUGAAAUUAAGACUCUUUUACUGCCCGUAUCUAUGCCAUAG